GAGCUCAUUCAAAAUGCUGAAGAUGCUAAAGCCAAAGAAGUAAAAUUCUUAUAUGACCAUAAUUCAUAUGGCACAGAAAAACUGCAUACGCAAGACCUGGCUAAGUUUCAGGGCCCAGCAUUGUAUGCUUACAACGAUGCAAUAUUCUCUACUGAUGACUGGAAGGGUGUCAGGAUGCUCAGUGAGAGCAUCAAGAAGAAGGACCCGACGAAAGUUGGACGGUUUGGUCUUGGGUUUAAAUCUGUUUUUCACAUGACAGACCUUCCAAGUGUUAUCAGUGGCGAUAGUGUAGCGAUAAUCGAUCCCGAGGAGAAAUACUUUAGUGAUAACGGCGGUAAAAGAUCAGGUCGAAAAUGGCAUUUGAAAAAUCAUCAAAAAAAUAUGCAGACGAUUCCAGAUCAUUUUCUUCCAUACCAACGUGUUUUUGGCUGCAGUAAUGAAUCGUUCGAACGAGGUAGCUAUGAAGGGACACUUUUUCGUUUGCCAUUAAGACAAGAAGCUUCCAAGUUGUCCAACACCAUUUAUUCGCAAGAAAAGAUGAAAGGAUUGCUCGAGUGCUUUGAGAAAGAUGCCCAUUUGAUUCUACUCUUUUUGAUGAAUCUUGAACGGAUCGAAAUUUAUGACAGAGAGGCACACUCUUCACAGCCUAGAAAACUAUUCCACGUUAGAAUCUCAGAGCACUGCUUGACAGAAGUCAGGAAAGCGAGAGAAGAAUUCAGUACCAAAGUACAAGAAAAUGUCUCGGCUCUUUCAGGUGGUUACUUUCCUGAAGUGAAACAGAGCUACACUCUAACCAUUGAAACGGCACGCUACAGCAAUGGAGUAAGCAAUAAGGCAGAGCACUCCUUUGUCAUCACAAACCUCUUCAGCGGUAGCGAUGUUUCGGUGACAAUGCAAGAGCUGAUACGAGAUGCCUCUCUGAGUUAUAUGCCAUGGAUCGGCGUUGCAUUGCCAAUUGCAACCCAGUUGAAGAUCGAAGAAGACGCUGAUGAUUUCGAAGAACCAAAGGGUCAUCUUUUCUGCUUCUUACCUUUGCCGCUAGAAAGCAAGAGCCUGACAGGUCUGCCUGUUCAUGUUAAUGGUUUCUUUGCCUUGAGUCAGAACCGUCGUCAUCUGAAAUGGCCAAGUGCUGAUCAAGAUGAAACAAUCCAACCCUUAACAGACAAGUCAUUGCAGUGGAACAAAGGGUUGUUGCAGGAAGUGCUGCCCAAGGCCUACGCUGAGCUUAUUCUCCAUGUCAUUUCAUGUUUGACAGAAGAAGAACCACUACAAACGAUGACCACAAGUGAUGCGUACAGUGCAUGGCCAGACGUAAACAAAGUUGAUGUAAAAUGGAAGAACAUUCUGAAGCCAUUAUUUGAAAUCCUUCUGCAAUCUAAAGUACUGCACACCGAUGCUAAUGGCGGAGGCUGGUGCAAAGUGGAAGAGGUUCUCCUUGACAGUCUAGAGAAAGGUGAUCAGUCCAUGAGGCGAAUUGUGAUUGACCUGCAUAACAGAACGGGCCAAAAGGUUGUCACAGCUCCAGCGCAUGUAAAAACAGCCCUUCAGGAAUGCCGCCAUAUAAAUUAUGUCACCCCAAAGACAUUGAGAGAGAGUUUAAAGGCAUAUCCAUCUUGCUACUCCUGUUUGAGCCACCAGGAUAAGAUCCUACUCCUGACGUUUGUUCUCAGUGAUUCCAACUUCACAAAUCUUAAAGGUCUCGAAUUGCUACCCUUAUCUGACAAGACAUUCACUACAUUCAGAGGACGAGGGGUUUUUCCCAUUUACAUUGAUUCCGCUGAACACCCAAAGUCGCUGUUGCCAGGGCUACAGAGAAUGUUCUUGGAUACAGACUUGGAUGACACUGUAACAGACCAAUUAAAAAACGCAGUCGAGAAAGGCCAUACGCAGUUAUGUUACUUCAACAAAGAAGCUGUUAUACGGCAUCUCCGCCAAAUGCUGCCUUCUGAUUGGUUAGACUCAGAAGAUCACGUGACCUGGCACCCUGGAAUAUCCAACCACCCAACAAUUGAAUGGUUGAAGACCUUGUGGGAGUAUUUUGGUAGACAUUUUGCACACACGACGUCUGGUUUAGAUGCAUUUAACGGGCUUCCUCUUGUUCCUGUGACCCCGUUGUCCAAUCAGAGCGAGGUACAUCUUGCAAGAAUUCAGCGACCAUCCAGUCUUGUUCUUGCUUCUUUCAACGGCGAAAAUAUUGACGAGUCAGUGUGUCACGUCUUGGAGGAUCUUGGCUUAACCAUCUUGAAAGAUCUUCCAGAGUGCAUUCGGCAUUACCCGGAACUAGUUCCUUCUUUCGUUAAUCCGGCAAGUCCAAAGGGGAUACUUCAUGCCAUGGCAGUCAUUUUUAAAAGUCCCCAGAGAAAGGACGACCUUUUACAGAAGAUGAGAGUACUAUCUGCUGACAAGAUUGGCUCAUUCAGAACAUUUCUGUCAAGUUUAUCGAGUCUAACACCGAAUGAAGCAUGUUUACUACGACAGCUACCCAUGUUUGAAACAUAUGUUGGCUGUGGAGAGAGACUGUCUCGUUUCGUGUCACUAGAGGAAGUGAAUAUUGGAGCUCCAGUCGAUGAUUUGCCAGCUGUGUCUGUAUUCACCGACUUACUGGACCUAAGAGAUCGCAGAAGCCGAGCUCUUGCUCAAUUGCUCAACACUUUCCAAAUGUCACUCAUUGGUUUAUUGAAGACACUGUUGGACGACGCUCUGGGUAACAACUAUGCUCAAAGUGAGGUUGACGUGCUGGCCAAGUACACCCUUGAACGGUUUGGUAGUCUUCAUGGGGAGGACUUAAGGUGCAUCAAACAAAAGCUACAGUGUUUGUCAUUUGUUGUGUCCAGUGACAAAUCGAGGAAGAAGCCCACCGAACUGUUUAAUCCUGAAGAUGAUCUUCUUACAAAAAUCUUCCUGGGUGAAGAGGUAUUUCCGGAAACGUCGUAUUACUCACAACCUGAAGUUAAUGCUCAUUUGAAGAAUUUGGGUCUGAAAGGCCAAGAAAAGAUCACUCCAUCUGAUGUCUUGAACAGUGCUAAUUUGAUAAAUAACAUCCAAAAUAUUGACAAAGCAAGAGUCAAAUCCUUAGGCCUUCUACAACUGCUAGAAAAGAAUUAUUUUCUUCUUCAGGCAGCUGGUAAUGGCCUACGUUCCACAAUUUGGGUUCCAGUCUUGAGGACGAAACCAAAUACUUAUUCCACUCAUCUCCCUCUGAAAGGUGGAGAGAAUGCCGGGUUUUUUACUUGCCCUAACAACUUGACAUCACAUGAUUCCAUAAACAUUAUUGGUAGCGUCAAACUCCUGGUAAAUAUGCCUAGUGAGUCAAGCGUCUCGACAUACUUUGGAUGGCACCAAAAUCCAUGCACGGCAGAUGUUCUCAAGCAUCUUAAAAAUGUAGUGUUUUCUUACCACGUUGAAGACAAAAGCAAUUUUAUUUUUGCUGUUAAAGAAAUUUAUGGAUACCUUAGCAAUAUACGGGCCACAGAUGUUAUCGAUGGUAUGAGAGAACUACAGCUGGCAGAGUGGGUAUGGAAUGGCGAGGGGUUCUGCACUUUGUCAGAUGUAGUUUUAGAGAAUCCUUGGAUUAAUUUGGCACCCUACGUCCGCGUUCUACCAACAGAAACGAGAGAAUUCAGCCUGAUCUUUACAAGGUGUGGGAUGAAACAGAGUUGCGAUGCAGAUUUGCUGCUCAACGUGCUGCUCAAAAUCAGAGAAAAGCAUGAGUCAUCGCGCACCACAGACCUCUCAGUGGAUGUUAAGCGUGAUUUGCAACUCGCCACUGACAUCCUAAACGAGCUUAAACCUAAAAAUGGACAGUCCUUUGAUACUAAUGUCAGAAAAAGGCUUCUAGUUCCUGUUCAUGUUGAGGAUGAUGCGAGACUGGAAUUGAAACCAGUUGGAGAAUGUACCUACUACGAUCGAGAUUGGCUCAAACAAGGGCAUGAUGUCAUUGAUAUUGAUGACCAAGAUGAUGUAAAGAUCAGCUUUAUCCAUCAAAAUAUACCCGAUACUACUGCUGAGCUUUUAGGAGUCCCCACUCUAAUGAGUAGAAUACUUGGGGCAGAAGAGCUUGAACUUGGAGAAAGUUUCGGUCAGUCCGAGUCGCUGUUAGACAGAAUUCGUGGGCUGUUGGAUGGGUAUACUGACGGCUUGUCUGUUCCCAAAGAACUGAUACAGAAUGCUGAUGAUGCAGGGGCCACUGAGGUACGAAUCUUGUACGAUGAGCGAACAAACGAGGAUUGCAUGACACGCUUGAUAGACGAAGGGAUGAAAGAAUGUCAAGGUCCCGCCCUGUGGGCUUACAACGAUGCCGUAUUCUCGGAUGAAGAUUUCCAGAACAUCGUCAAACUCAACGCCGCCACUAAGAAGGAAGAUUCCAGAAAGAUUGGACGUUUUGGUCUUGGCUUUAACUCGGUUUACAAUUUAACAGAUGUUCCAAGCUUUGUCAGUAGAAACUCUAUCGUGAUUCUCGACCCUCAUACCACUUACCUUGGAAAGGGAAUACGAGACAAGAGCAAGCCUGGAAUCAAGCUAAGAAUGGGAGAGAGGAAGCUUCGCAGGCUGGAAAAUCAGUUCAAGCCGUACAAUGGGAUAUUUGGCUGCGACCUUCGACCUGGAGCACAGCAGAAAUCGUACAAUGGUACUCUGUUUCGAUUGCCACUUAGAACAGCAAGUCAGGCAUUAAAAAGUGGAAUCAAGAAUCUUCACUACGAUGGCAGCCAAGUAAAAGAUUUGUUGGGAAUUCUUUUCCAUGGAGCAGAAUCUUUGUUGCUGUUCACUCAGAAUGUACUUCGAGUUACUGUGUACCACUUGAGAAAUGAGAGUACAGAAUCUCCACAGCCAGUCGAGUUAUUUCGUAUCUCAAAGUCAUGCAGCAGGAUUGUGCACCAACUCCAAAGUGAAAGUUUAUUGUCAAACUCUGUGCAGCAGUUGACAAGUGAAGAACAAGAGUUUGUAAAGCAAAGCAGUGUUUUGAAAGUAUCCUCGUCUUUUAUGGAAAAGCAAAUGGAUCAAAACUUCAGUUCUCCGAGUAGAGUUUUAAUGAAGUCUUCCAUGAUACUUAACUGUCAGUGUGUUUUAUCAGAUCAGGGUAAAGAAUAUUUAGCUUCUUCUGCUGCGUCAGGAGGGACUCAAGUUUCAUGGCUGGUUACGUCUUGUAUGGUAAAAGGAGAAGCUUUGGAAAUGGCAUCAAGGAACAAAGGCUUACUUCCUACAGCAGGAGUAGCAGCGAAGCUUACAGAAGUGCACGCAGGAAACUAUGUGCCUGUUCCAAUAACUAAGCCUGUCGACCAUGGGGGUAAUUACCAGAAUAAUUGUCAAGAUAGUACGCCUCGCCAUAAUGGUGGAGUGUUUUGCUUCCUUCCAUUACCCAUCCACAGUGGUCUUCCAGUCCAUAUCAACGGUUGUUUUGCUGUCAGUGACAACAGACGUUAUCUACGUGAAAGAACAGAAGAAGACAAGACAGACCAAGGUGCAGAAUGGAACGAUGUUCUUAUGAAGGAAGUAGUUUGUCAGACAUACAUCAGCAUGCUGGAUGACAUGAAGGACUUGUCGUCGCGCAAUGGAUACGUAUUUCAUUCGUUGUGGCCAAGAUGCCCUGAUGUACAAACAAACUGCAUUGGGAUCGCUUCCAAAUUCUACAGUUCAUUAUUUUAUGAACAUCCAAAGCUAUUUUCAGAUGGUCAUGAAUGGACCAGUAUGCAGAAUGUCGUGUUUUUGGAGCCUGCAUUUAGAAAGGUGCAACCGAUUGGGCAGGUCGCAUUUGACGUAUUCAAGACCAGUUUGGAAGGUACAAAUACCAUUGUAGUUGACCUGCCUGAAGAUAUAUCGAGAUCCUUUGACAGAUAUGAACUACAACAUGGGAUACAAAAUAUGUGUUACAACAAAGAACGUUUUUUCGAUGAAGUAUUCUUUCCCUCCAUUGAUUCGAUAGACGCAGGCUCAAGAAACGAACUCGUUCUCUACGCUCUUGACGACACUUCAGAGGUACUGAGGAAACUCGUUGGAAGCCAUCGUUGUAUUCCUUCUUCACCAUUGGGCCAUCAACUGAAGUACCCUAAAGGACUUCUCAAUCCCGGUGGCAAAGCGGCUCAACUGUUCAGUCCUGAAGACGGGAGAUUUCCUCAUGGAGAUAAGUUUACUUCGGAGGAACGUUUAGUGACGUUAAAGAGAUUAGGUAUGCGAGAUGAUGACCUUGAGUGGGACGAAGUUAUAGAAAGAGCCGAGAGCGUCAAAAGUCUUGUUCCCUACCAUCAAGCUUUGGAAAGAACGAAGCUGAUUCUUGCCUUCAUUGAUAGGAAACUGGAUAACGAUAUAAAGGUUGACACAGAUGUUCCGACGAGACUGCAGCAAGUGCAGUUCCUUCCGAUAAUGAAAAAGCCUGAAACCUUCCCUUUCAAAUGGAAAGGAGAUGAUUACGCAACAUGCACUUUUGAAUCUACAUCAGAACUUUACCCGAAAACGGUGAAGUAUUUGGCCAGCGCAAGUGUACCAAUCCUGGAUGAGACAAAGGAUGGGUGUGGCCAGGUUCCCACAAAAGUUAAACGUUUUUUAUUAAUGAGGAAGACUUCUCUCGAUCAAGUUAAAACACAGAUGGAAAAUGUGAUAGCAACAGCUGAAGCAAUGGUUUUAAAAACCAACAGUAAACUCUUCGACGAGGUUAAGAGUGCUUUUGAAACAUUAUAUACUUACUUCCAGAGCAGUUUAGAAACAGAAAGAGACGAAGUCGUAAACUUUUUGAAGCCACUGACUUUUAUUCUUGGAGAGAAGCAAUUAUUUUCAUUCAGCACAGUGGCAUUCCGUUCCCAAAUUGAAUAUCCACCAUACUUGACCCCAGUGCUUCAUAACUAUGACCUGAAGUUUGGAGAAUUGUUUAAGAGUGUUGGUGUUCGAGAAUCCUUUGACAUCGUAGAUUACAUCAAAGCACUUGAAAAGGUGAAAGAGAACUAUCAAGAGAAUCCAGUUACAGAAGAACUCAUAAAGGUGACAACUGUUUUAAAUCUGCUAGCAAACACUAUGGAAGGGGAGAAGGUCACAGCCGACGAAGCGGUAAAGGAGUAUGGAACUAUUUUUCUCCCUGAUUCGAAGGGGAUUAUGAAACCGUCAACAGAUGUAUGUGUGAAGGACUGCAUUUGGAUGCCUGACGAGAAAGGGGUCGUAUAUGCAAAUGAAGGUAUACCCUCUAAUAUCUGCCUCACCCUUGGGGCAAACACAAGACGACAGGAAACGCUUCGCAAGCACACAUUUGGCAUUGCAUUUGGACAAAAAGAGAAGCUUACCAACAGGCUGAAGCGGAUAUUAACGGGAUAUCCUUGCGGCAAAUCAAUUAUGAAGGAACUUCUCCAAAACGCAGACGAUGCAAAAGCAACAAAAGUCUGUUUUAUUAAGGAUCCUCGUAAACAUGCAGACGAGAGAGUCUUUGAAGAGUGCUGGAAGCCCCUCCAAGGGCCUGCUUUGUGCGUUUACAACAACGCACCAUUCACAAAGAGUGACAUCGAGGGAAUACAGAAUCUUGGCGAAGGAAGUAAAGGAGAUGAUCCAAACAAAACUGGUCAGUAUGGUGUGGGAUUUAAUGCAGUUUAUCAUCUGACCGACGCGCCAACUUUUGUUUCUCAAGGAGACGAGAUUGGAGAAGUAAUGUGCGUGUUUGAUCCGAAUCUGAAAUUCGCUCCUGGUGCAGAUGAGUCAAGUCCUGGAGUUAGGUAUGACAAUAUUUCGUACCUUAAAAAAAUAUUCACCGAUGUGUUUCCUUKCUACCUUGGCGAACAUUUUCCAAUUAAAAACGGAACAAUGUUUCGUUUUCCUCUUCGCAACGAGGAAAUGGCAAAGGAGUCAAAAAUCUGCGACACUCCGAUAACGACAAAAGAUCUCGAUAACUUGCUUGAUUCCUUCAAAAAUGAAAUGCUUGACGUUCUUCUUUUUGUUAACAACGUGAAAGAAAUCUCAGUCUGUGAGAUUGACAAGGAAACUGGAAACAUGAMCGAAAAAUACAGCGUUAAGGCAWCGCUAUCAGAAGAAGACRAAGAAAAWCGACGASAUUUUGCUGCUCGUGUCAGCGAAAUUNGAAAACGUCUACAGGAUGGAGCAAUGUCGAUUUCCGAUGUCCCUCUACACCAAGUAUCCUAUGUUGUUAAUCUGGAAGACCGUGAGGGUUUGACUCAGAGAUGGUUUGUUGUUCAGAAGAUUGGUUUUGAAAACCCAAAGRAAAUUCCAGAUGCUGUAAUCAAGGCAUUCCAAAAAGGUGAUCUGGGCCUAUUGCCGCGUGGAGGUGUGGCAUCGUUGAUCAGUCCCUCCAUUGAAAAUCCACCCGGAAAAGCCUUCUGUUUCUUACCCCUUCCUUUUGAAACAGGCCUACCAGUUCACAUUAAUGGGCAUUUUGCUCUAAACCAUGAAGAUCGUAGAAGCCUCUGGCGAGAUGACAGAGGUAAUGAUUACAGGAGUAACUGGAAUGAUGCAUUACUACGACAAGUGAUUGCGCCAUGCUAUGUAACCUUACUAGAUGAGGUGAGGCAACUGAUCUUAUUGCCAGUGAAUGCCAAUAGAACAAAAUUAAGUUGCAGUCGAGAUGAUGCRGAGCAAAUGCUUAAUUCAUGCUAUGCAGAUUUAUUCCCUUCUCUGUCGUCCCGUGAAUUGUAUUGGGAGACUCUGGCCAAGRAAGUAUAUCGUUAUAUGGAUGCAAAACGCGUUCGUCURCUUCCAGUUCUACGUCAAGUUAGAAACACGAAUGAGCAAGAGCAAGUGGUCAUUGAGUGGCUGCCACCAACGGGAGAAGGUCCAGACCAGGCUUUUUUUGGUAUUUUGAUAGAGAACCUGCCAAAAGAGUACUCAACGUAUGAUUACAAAAAGAAGGAAAGAGCGAAGAAAAGAUGUAGAAGUUUGAGAGACACUCUUCUUGCUGUGGGCUUCAACCUUCUUUGUAUGCCAAUGAGAGUGUACGAGUGUUUCAAGAAAUCCAAAGUGGAUGUAAGCCUUAUCUCAUCGGCCGAUGUUAUUCAUUUCUUUGGAACAUACGACGCCCCAAACCAGCUGUGUAACGUUGGAUGCCUGCCUUUGGGUAUUAAAGAUACUCCAUUUGAAAGUGUCGACAACUUGCUUAUGGUUCUCAAAUAUUGCAGUCAAGACGAAAACUUUUGUCAACUUCUUGAUGGUCUUCCAUUGCUCCUUACCCAAGAUGGCGUUCUUCGUGUCUUAAGUAGAAACUUUCCAGUGUUUCAGAGUGGUUACUCUGAGAUACUUCCUCAUUGCAGCUCAAUGUUUGUACACCGUGAGAUGUUUAACACGGUUUUCUGCCUCAAAGAUGGUCAUACGACGUCCCCAGUUUUCAAAGAUUUUGACAUCAAUGCAUUUGCUCAUCUUCUUCCAAGAGAAUUGAACAAGGGCGUCUACAAAUCCACCAAUGAAUAUGUUAUCUGGGAUCCAGAAGAUAGAGAGAAGAUUCCAAACAAACAUUGGAUUUGGCAUGUGUGGAGAUUCUUUUCAAAAUAUGUGAAGAAACUCAUCGAUGAACACCUUGAAGAGAAGAAAAAAAACAUGGAGAAUGAAGUACCGAAGGGUUCAACUUCAGAAGAAAUGCGCCACAAUGAGAAAAUGGAGCGCAAACGUAUCUUGCAAGAAGCCUUGUCACCUGUCAAUGAAUGGUGUCUUCUUCCAGCUACCGAAACAGAAAAAGGUUAUUCUUCAAAGGAUAGACAUCUCCUAUUCCCUCUAGCGUCGGCCAAGUCUGUGAUUCACUUUGAAUCCUAUAGAAGGGAAUUCACUAGUACGUAUACUUCUCUUCUAAGAACGAGUCUUGAGAAAAUGGGGCUUCCUAAAUUGAACUGCAGAAUACUGGAUGGUGGAUCUUAUAGUCCCUUCUAUAGCAAAACGGCAAGGCAAAUUGUGGCUGGUUUAGAUGAUCCAACAUCUAUUUUAAGAGUUAUUGUACAAAAGCUAAAGAGGGAACCCAAUUCCCUUCAUGGUCUAGAGAACCUUGCUUGCGAAAGUGUGCUGCAUUUUUUCAGCGAACAGAUAAAGCUAUUCAACAGCGAAGACAGCGAAGAUCUGAAGGCCCUUCCUUUCUACACAACUAUACAUGGUGAAUCAAUUAGCAUCAAAGAAAUGCAAGCAAUAGUGCUUUUCGAUUCGAUUCCCAAGGACGACAUGCAUAUCUGGCAAGAAAAGUCAAGGAUUGCGUUUUUAAAAGAAGAUUAUAGAUUGAAAGACCUUUAUGCCUUCUUGGGAUGUGAUUCUAAGAACGCCAUUGACUUGUACUGCGACAUUAUAUUUGAGAAAUUUCAUGAAAUGAGUGAAGAGGCAAGACUUGAGCAUUUAAAGUUUCUUCAAAGUUUGUUAACGGGCUCAGACUCAGAUAUUUUUCUAAAGGAUCCAAGAAAUGAUGAAAAGUCCGAGGAUAGGGAGAAGCUGUUACAAGAGCUCCGUAAGUUGAAGUUUAUUCCAGAUAAGAGUGGGUCUUUUAAAACCGCGUCUAGUUUUUACGACCCUUUCAAUGAAGUCUUCAAAGCGAUGUUUCAAAACAAACAAGAUGUAUUUCUUCCUAAACUCUUUUGUGAAGUUGAAUGGCUGCACUUUGUACGUCGGAUAGGGCUCAUCCAUGAAGUCACUGACGAACAAUUCUUACAGUUUGCCAAGGAAGUAGAAACUGAAGCCAAGACAAGACCGAGUGAAGCAACAAAGGAUAAAUCAGAUACUCUUGUCAGACACCUUUUCCAACUAGAAAACGUCGCAACAAGUGCACUUUUGGAGUAUGUGAAAGAAAUCUGUUUCAUCUUUCCUUGUGUGGAUAGUGUGGAUAGUGUGGAUAGUGUGGAUAGUGUGGAUAGUGUGGAUAGUCGGCUACAAUGUCUGCAUAAACAGUAUGGCAUGAAACCAAGUGGCUUGCCCUACAUCUGUUUUAAAGAUUCUGUAGCCUCUAAUUAUCAUAAUGAUCAUUACAUUUGCUGGACAAGUGCAAACCUUUUGCCGUCCAGUGCCAACCCAUUGCAUUGUUAUAGAGUAAAUCCAAAUUACGAAGGUAACCACAAAUUGAAUCAUCAUAGAAACUACAAAGAAAGGAUCUUCCAACGAUUAGGGAUUCUUGAAAACCCAACUGUUGAUAUGGUGGUCACUCAUUGUGAAACCAUCUGCAAAGUGCUUACCCAAAAGAAGCCCACCGAAAACAAGGAGAGAAAAGAUUGUCUUGAAAACUCUCGCCUAGUACUCGGAAUAAUGACAAGCAUUUACGAGUAUCUGCAAAGAAUCUACUAUGGAAAUGAAGAAGUCAUUGAUGAUUUGAAGAACAUCCGCUGCAUCGUAGUUGAUGGUGGCAAUCGAUUUGUGUUUCCUAUCCAAGUGGCCGUGGAUAUCACAUCAGACCAAGAAAUCCCGCCAUAUCUGUACAAGAUUUUUGGUGAAGUGGCAGCUUAUGCAGAACUAUUUGAAAAUCUUGGUACAACCAACACUAUCACUGCAGCACAGUAUUUGAUGGUACUGAAGAAUAUACAUGAUGAAUGUGGUGACGAGAAGCUUCACCCUAACGAGAUACGCAAAGCUUUUAAAGCUACAAAAGGUUUUUUUGAAACAUUUAAUAAAGUUGAAGACAAUGAGAUUAAACCUCUCUACCUACCAGGAGUCAAACAUAAUCCGUCUGACCAUUCCAUCAAUAUGGUAUUUUUGAGACCGUCUGCCGACAUUUUGUACAAUGAUGCUCCACACCUCAAGGAAAGAAUAAGAAAAUUCAAGAAAUCGAUUCUUGUUAAACUCGCUGACUGUGAACUGGAAGUAAAUAAUGAAGACCUGCUGGUGAAGAAGCUUCCUGAAUCCAUUCGUCCUCGCAUGCUUACGUCCGUGGUUCGUGAAACCUUAGUGGAAGAAAACCAGGCCCUUUCUUGUUCCAGCACAGCACAGGAACUCCGGCAGGUUUUGACAUCACGUGAGUUUUGUCAGGGAAUAAUACGCCUGAUCAAACAUGCUGACUACAAAAAUGAUGCAGAUACCAGCACAGAUAUCUCUACAUUGGUACAAGAAAGAUUGAGAUGCAUUCGUGUGUGCAGCGUUCCUAACCUUCGGACGAAGCUUGUAUACAAUGGUAGAGCAAUACCUGGGAGUGAAUCAGACGUUUCUUGCUUCGAGGAAGAAACGGAAGAAGAGGGUGAAAAAGUGUGGAAGAUAUACAUCGAAAAGGAAGCUGAACUUUCCACGUACGUUUCAGUGGUGGCUGAAAUCAUAGAUAGAAUAACGGGACAUCUUCUCAAAACUAUGCUGGUUCAUCUUCCAACGUUGCUGUCCUCAAAACCCUACAAAAUAAAGGGCCUCUUGGAUACACUGAAGAUUCGCGAGGACAAGUCAGUGCUGAAAAUUGAAGCAACAAGUCUUCCUACACCUGGCAACUUUAUUCAUAUUACAGACCAUCACUUGCUGGUGGAUGACUUCACAGUGUUCAGUCCUGGUGAGUACGUUGGUUAUGAGCUUGAUGAUCCAAGUCUUCGAGGAGAAGAUGGCACCCCAACCUACAUCUAUGCAAUUGUCAUCGAAGAAGUCAUCGAGGACGGACAACCMUCAAACACAGAACCAAGCUUAAGAAAAUACAGAAUUGAUAUCGGGAAAGACACAGAACCAAUUGUUGUAGACGCAGCAGAUUUGUACAAGUUCUACCGCCCGAGCCGCCAGGGCAACAGUGAGUGUUUAGAAAUGGAACCCUUUACUGGUUCUCGAGAUGAAAAGCCUGCCAAUCUUGAUGAACAUGAAAUUCGAAACGAGAUCAGAAGAAUUCUCCAAGAGGCUUGGAAGCAACCCGAAGAAAAACGAAGGAAGAUCAUAAAGCGUUUGUACCUUAAGUGGCACCCAGAUAAGAAUCCAGGAAAUGAAACGUUUUGCACGGAAAUUUUCGAGUUUAUUCUAUCAGAAAUUGAACGAAUGAAGCAAGAACACAAGAUAGAAGACUCUGACAGCAAUUGUGACGUAUGGGGUAAUCGAGCUCAACGUCAUGGAAGACAAAGAUCCUCUUUCAAUCGUGGGGGUGGCUUUUCUACUUUUUCUCCGGGGUCAUACAGACGUAACCCUCAACCUGGUGAAGCAAGAAGGUGGUACAAACAAGCGAAAGCAGAUCUGGAAGCAGCAAGUAACGAUGUAGAAUGUCAAAGAACCUCGUACGAAUGGGCGUGCUUCAAGUGCCAUCAGUCCGCAGAGAAAGCCUUGAAAGCAGCACAGUAUUCAAUAGAUGCUGAUAAAACCAACGUCCACGAUCUGAGGAAGAUAGCUCAUGACCUAAACAAUGAUAACUUGAGCAGGUUGGCCUCAAAGCUUGAAAGUCUUGUUGGAGAUUCAACACGCAUGCGUUAUCCAGACCGAGUACGGUAUCCCAACAUACCCCAUGAUGUAUACACUAGUUCAAUGGCAUCAAAGGCAAUAGAUCUUGCAUUAGCCAUCGUCCAGGAGGUGGCAUCAAAGUUCAUAGACUGAGCAGCAUGAAAACAGAUGAAAAAGAUUCUCACCGUCUAACAACGUCAAGUAUAUGACUGUCGAUUAACUUUUAAUAGAUUUAGUUUUCCAUAYAUCUCUUAACAAAUUUUAACCAAUGCAAGCCUAAAAAGACUCAGAUUCAAUGACAGCGAAAACCCUUGAAAACUCGUGGAAAAAGAGUUCAAAGCUAUGAUUGCAUCUUUAGAUUAUAGAAAUUUCGGUUAACUUUUAAUAGAUUUAGUGCAACUUCUCAUACGUUUUAAUCAAUUACAGAUAGUUUUAGUUAUAUGUGUUCGAUUCCAGUGUUAUUCAGUUAAGCUAGUAAGACAAUUAUCAAUCAGGAAAACUGGAGAGAAAUUAAACAUUGUCGAAA